UACACACACCUUUAAAUAAUAACCUUUGAACUCUAACCCCCUGACCUUUAACCCUCCAACCAUGACAUCUGCUGGUUUACAUCCUUCAAUUGCAUUGGGCUGCUGAGGGCAAGGCAGACCCAUGGAUAGUUGAUAUUAUGAAAGACGGGUCACAGAUGGUGUUGCCUGAUGCCAAACAGAAUAGAUAGGAGCUAGAGUUGGAAGUGAGGAGUACUACACUGUACUGAAGAAAAACACUUUAUUGUCCAUUGUCACAUUGUCUGCUUUACACCAACCACCUUGUUUCCCUGUUUUAAUUCUCCAUCCUGUUUUCUUUCUUUGAAUGCACGCUGGCCUUUUGUUUCAUUUCUCUUUUUUUCUACCCCUCUCCCCUCCCUCCUGCUUGUCUCUCUUCUCCUCUCUCCUGUACCGGUUUUCCGCUAUCAUCCACCUGUCCAUGCCUUCAUCCCUCCACUCCUCCAACUUUCAUCCCUUCAUCCCCACACUCCUCCAACUUCCAUCCCUUCAUCACUCCACUCCUCCAACUUCCAUCCCUUCAUCCCUCCACUCCUCCAACUUUCAUCCCUUCAUCCCCACACUCCUCCAACUUCCAUCCCUUCAUCCCUCCACUCCUCCAACUUUCAUCCCUUCAUCCCCACACUCCUCCAACUUCCAUCCCUUCAUCCCCACACUCCUCCAACUUCCAUCCCUUCAUCCCUCCACUCCUCCAACUUUCAUCUCUUCAUCCCCACACUCCUCCAACUUCCAUCCCUUCAUCCCUCCACUCCUCCAACUUUCAUCCCUUCAUCCCUCCACUCCUCCAACUUCCAUCCCUUCAUCCCUCUAUCCCUCCACUCCCUCACACACAGCCUUACCACCACAUCUCCAGAUCAGUGCUCCCAGAAGCCUUUGCAGACCGCCGUGGUUCUAUUGAACUCAAACGGCAAAACCUCUCAGGGGUCAGGAGGAGACAUCUCCAUGACAACGCUCUGCCUGGACGCACCCCCAGCCUUCAAGCCCCCCAAAGCCCGGGGUGGGGUCUCAUUCGGAACGGAAUGGUUUUCAUUGCUCCGCCCCUCCACAGUCAAUGGGACACUGAAGUUUUCUCGCUCUCUGAACGAUGUUGGCCAGCGCAUGGAUAGUCUCUGUAGUGGACUGCACUUCAUAGACCGGACCUGUUCUGAAGGAGAGCUGGAGGUUAAACCCGAACCACCCAACAUGGACAAGAAGUCCAAGGCACUCAACGGCAAGGCAGCCACACUCCCACACCAGGCCACAAACCUACCUUCGUUCCCCACGCACACACACACCCACACACACCCUCACCUCGUCCCCUCGUUCACCAACAACUACAAAUACCUCAACCCCCAACACUGCCUCCAACCUCCCUCUACCGGCGUCCCCCCUCCUCCUCCUCCUAACUCCCAGCUCCACCCUCCCAGCUCCAACCUCCUCCGCCUCUUCCUCCCUUUCUCUCGCUCCUCUACUUCGGCCAGUCUCCAGUGUUCUGAGCUGGGGAGCUACGAUUCCCGCCUCCACAUCGCCAAAUCCUCCAGCGCCCUGAUGGGGGGCAUUGAGCCUCCCCUGGGGGGAGCAGAGGACCUCUUGGGAGAUGAUGAGGUGUUCGAGGUCCCCAAGGGAAGGACCGGGGCUUGGACAAGGGCUGGAAUCCCAGGAAGAGAUGCUGGAGGCGGGGUAGCGGCUCUCCUCGGGGAAGCCCCCCUCUGCUACAUGGACGAAGACAGCGAUCUGGACCAGUUUUCAUUUCUGGACCAGUGUUCGUCACCCACCCACUCAGAGAAAACAGGGCCGCUCACGCCAGGCCCGCUCUCUCCCUAUUCGCUGUCCGGAGACUGCUGCAGGUGGGUGAUUCCUGGAUUGUCACCCUGUGCUGUUUUGUGGUAGAGUUCCAUAGAAUGCCAUUGCUGGAUCCUGCUCAACCCUCCUGGGACGUGACGUAGUAGAGUCCUGCCCAGCCCAUCCUGUGAAGUGGUAGAGCCUGAACACCCCUGUGAUGUGACGUGGAAGUAGAGUCCUUUGGUCCACCCCCGUUCAACCUUGCGGUGGUAAAGUCCUGUGAUCCACCCCCUUUCAACCUUGUGGUGAUAGAGUCCUGUGGUCCACCCCCUUCCAACCUUGCAGUGGUAGAGUCCUGUGGUCCAUCCCCUUUCAAUCUUAUGGUGGUAGAGUCCUGUGGUCCACCCCCCUUCAACCUUGUGGUGGUAGAGUCAUGUGGUCCACCCCCUUCCAACCUUGCAGUGGUAGAGUCCUGUGGUCCAUCCCCUUUCAACCUUGUGGUGGUAGAGUCCUGUGGUCCACCCCCUUUCAACCUUGUGGUGGUAUAUUCCUGCACGCCACACACUCCCUGACCCAGCUCAAAUGAGGUAGUUGUCCUGGGAGAGAGGAACAUGAGCUCUCUGGGAGUGGGUUCAGGCUAGGGAUCAACAGGCAGAUUAUUGGCUUCAAAUAGCAUUAUAAGGUAUGACACACAGACGUAUACACGCAUACAUGUAUACACACACUUUGUGUCAGACCAAGGUCGGGUAGCUCAUGACCUGACUCGUGCCAGGAGUAUGUACUGCGUAGGCAAGUGUAGGUGUGUGUGUGUAAGGCUUGCGUGGGUGUGUUUUAUUUUUCUACUUGCUAAGUAGGAUUUAAAUGAUUAAGUCUGGCAAUCCACAGGGACAGACAGGCAGACAGACAGGCAGACAGACAGGCAGACAGACAGGCAGACAGACAGGCAGACAGACAGACAGGCAGACAGACAGGCAGACAGACAGGCAGACAGACAGACAGGCAGACAGAAAGACAGGCAGACAGACAGACAGGCAGACAGAAAGACAGGCAGACGGAGAGAGGGGUGCGGCUGGUGUUCUGAAUUGACAGACAGACAGAGAGAGAGAGGGAAGUAGAGAGAGACAGAGACAGGCGAACACACAGACACAGGUGGAUGGUGUCCUGACUUGUUACUCCCUAUAGAGACCAAGACAAGUAUAGAACCUUAAGGAGCUUUGAUUGAACUCUAUUCCUAAAGUGGUGCACUAUAAAGAGUAAUAGGGUGCCAUUUGGGAUGUACUCAUGGAUUGAGAUCACUACUGACACUUCCUGUUUGUAUUUGUAUUUAUUAAGGAUCCCCAUAGCAGCUACUCUUCCUGGGGUCCCUCAAAAUUAAGGCAGUUUAUUCAAUUUUAAAAC